ACAAUUGAUAAAAAACGUUUUCAAUUCCACCCACCUGCCUCAAGUUUUGUAUCUAGUAACAUUACUGUCUCAACCUCGCUCCAAAAACAACCUUUUAUAAAGUUAUAGUGCAAAUUGAAUUCAUAAACAGUGCCAUGUGGACUACAAUACUGUGUUUAUCAUUUGUUUCGUUCACCGCAGUGUCAACGGACUUGCUCGAAAAUGUAGUCAAAGAAAGAAACGAUAUUUUACACCGCGAAUUGGACAUGAUGUUAGGACAUGAAAUAGAGUUAAGUGAUAGUGAAAUAAAAGCAAACGAUAUUAUAAUGGAUCUGAAAAGGCGGGAGCUGGAUCAAGGAUUCCUUCAGCCUCAACUCUUCAAUGUAUCUAAACAUUUCUUUGAAUACAAAGACGUGGUUAAAGAGUCUAGUCUCUUCAAACUGAUUAAGGAAAUGCCUAAAGGAGCAAUACUUCACGCUCACGAUACGGGCUUGUUGAGUCCGGAUUAUGUUGUAACUCUAACUUACUGGGACGAUUUGUAUGUUUGCUUCGAAGAAGAUGACCUCAGAUUACUAUUCUCUAAAGACACUCCUGAUGGAACCUGUGGAACAAAAUGGCAGCUCAUGAGAGACGCCAGAUACUCAUCUGGAAAUGUUGAAAAAUUUGACGCAGAAUUGCGGAAACAUUUCACUAUAGUUAUCGAUAACCCAACCGAAGUUUAUACUGACAUUAAUGUUGCGUGGGGAAAAUUCCAACAAUAUUUUUUUACUACGAGUGCGUUGUUCAGCUAUAAACCAGUAUGGGAGCAAUAUUUUUACGAUACGCUGAAGGCCGUUCGAGAAGACAGUGUAAUGUACAUUGAAAUACGUAGUGUUUUGCCACAGCUUUACGACUUGGAUGGCAAUGUGUAUGACUCGGUGGAAACUGCAGUGUCAUACAAGGAAGUUGUUGAUAGGUUUAUUUGUGAUUAUCCUGAUUUCUACGGAGCUAAGUUGAUUUACGCACCGUUCAGGAUGGUUGAUGCUAAAACAGUUCGAGAAUACAUCAAAAUCGCCAAAGAAAUAAAAAAGAGGCUGCCUGAUUUCCUGGCUGGAUUCGAUUUGGUCGGACAAGAAGAUAAGGGGAUGCCGACAAAAGAUUUUCUAGCUGAUCUGGUUGAAGCGAAAAGUGAGUUGGAUUUCUUUUUCCAUGCCGGUGAAACAAAUUGGUACGGAACCGAUACUGAUGAGAAUUUAAUCGACGCGAUUGUGUUGGGUUCACGGCGGAUUGGUCACGGAUUCGCUAUUUCUAAACACCCGUAUUUGAUUCAGGAAAUAGUGAAGAGGGACAUUGCUCUAGAGGUGAAUGUUGUGUCAAAUGCUGUUUUGAAGUUGGUUGAGGAUGUGAGGAAUCAUCCUUUGGCAUCGUUUUUGGCUCAGGACUUGCCCGUAGUGUUGUCAAGCGAUGACCCUGGGGUUUGGGAAGCAGAUCCUCUUUCUCACGACUUUUACGUCACUUUCGUGGGGGUUGCGAGUAGACACGCCGACUUGAAACUCCUGAAGAAGCUGGCAUUGAACUCGUUGUAUUACAGCACAGUCAAAGAUAAAGUUAAGAUUGUCCACGACUUCGAAAUACGUUGGACGAAGUUUAUUGAUUCGGUCGUUAAGGAUAAAUGGUAGAUACGAGUAAUAUUCGGCCAUGCAUUUUGAUCCAGUGAUAGUUUUAUAAUAGGAGUUUCUUAGAGUGGUUUUCAAUAACUCAUGUUGAAGAAAGAUUGUAUUGGCUUUGGCAGUCGCCUAUGAUUUGGGCACAGAUAGCCACUUUCAACUGUAAAUUAUUCAUCUCACUCAGUCCUUUAUGAAUAACAAUAAUAACACUAUUUAACAAA